AUGCGCGAGGGCAAGAUUAUCUUCCCAGAAGUAACACGGACGUUCAGCCAAGGUAGAGGCCUCAACGCUGGUAUUUGUGGAGACUUAUAUAAUGGAGCGCAUGACGGAUUAUGCAGAAGCAGAUGUUUUGAAAUUGCAAGCCUUAUGCUGUACAUAAAAGGAUAUAGUUAUAAGAAUGGCAACUGGGCAAAAACAGAACUAGAUGCACGCUCCGGAGGCAAGUUUGGGGAAUAUUUACGGUGUACACUCGCGACUGAAGUUUUAGUACAGGUGUAUGGGCAAACUAGUGAUCAUAGGGAAAUAAUAGAGAAGGUCGAGCAACAAAUGCGGCAAACGCAUACAUCAGGGAAACAGACAUAUGAGCCAGGGGUUUGUGACGGCCAGGAUUAUGGGGCAGUAAUAUUCGGAGUAGGAGGUAUAGGAAGGGGCCUACAGCAGCGCAUAAACGAAUGGCAGCAGGGUUUGCCAGGAGGCAAAACAAGAAGUAAAUACGGUUCAGGGCAGUGGGGUCUUCCCGGCAGCUCGGGUUCAACCACAAUAUGCAUAGGAACCUCAACAACUACAAACAAUGUACCAACAGGUGGUGCUCCGACGCAGGAUACGGUAGACACGGGCCCGCAGGGCAUACCGGAAGAAACAAAACCGGAUGGGACGGAUCCCGCGUCAGCGGGUCCAGAUGGUCAACAUGAGCAUAAAGGUAAAGUUGUUGACACAAACGUACAAGCAACUACAGACGUCUCCGGGCAGCCCCUUGAUGAUAAGGAGUCGUCACCUGGGGAAAAACCUGGACGGGCACAAUCCCCGGAUAUCUCAACUCCGGUAAAGGAAGACCAAAACGUUGAUCCCGGAAAGACGAGCCCCGUCGAUCCAAAUGUUCAGGACGGUAAAACCCUUCCCGACAAUCCCAUUGAUGGCGGCAACGAUGACCCCCCACCACCGCCAGACCCGCCCAAACCAAAACCAGAAACCACGAACCCAGAUCAAUCGGGUAGUAGCGCCGGCGGCGGCCAAGGUAGCGAGGUAACUGUUCCUACCAAUAAUCAGGCUGAUCCGAAUACACCAAAAAAUGCGGGCAGUGGACAAGGCGACUUCACUUUAGAAAUAGCGCUUCCAACAGGAGGGGGCGAUGUGGGCGAAUCAUAUGGAACAGGUCCCACACCAGGUCCAAAGGGGAACCCUCCGCACAAUGUGGAACACGGUGGCCCCUUCUUCCCUGACCUAACCGCCGACGUCCUUACCGCCACUACUCCCGUGCUCUUCUUCCUGUCCGCCGUCACCGUCGCCCUCUUUGGUUAUUCUCUGUGGAAA